AUGAUCGCAGCAGCAAGCACGAGCACCCCUGCGUGGCUGCUCGAAUGUGAUUGGACGCGCGAACAUCCUAAGAUGCUCCGAUUGGCUGAUCAGGACUCUCAGAAUACCACAGCAGAGAGUGAGACAGUCUCGACACGUACUUCACCGUUUGGAAAGAACCUGCAAAGCGGCCCAGGGCCAAGAAGUUCUAUCCCGGAUAGUGUUUUGAAUAACCGAAGCGAACCGAGUAUGGGGCGUGCAAAGAAGCCAAAGCCGGAAGCUGCACAGGUUGACCCUGAGGACUUGCCGCUAGGAACGAGGAAGCCCAGGUCCAAGCUGAAGCGGGGGGAUAGAGGCAACGAAGAAGCGGAAUCCGCUCAUGCGGAAGGCGGGAAAGGAGUCUCCGAAGUUAACCCUGCUGCAAUGCCCUCGGUGGUGGCAGAAGCGGAGUCAAAUUUCGAGGGUGGGGUAGGCGUGCAACGAGCGGAGGCGGCUGCCGCAGAAGGCGGUUCUGGUGACCGCGCGGCCGCCGGAAUCGCCGCCGAAGAUCAGCCGGUUGGCCUGGAGGUUUCGGAAAGUGGAGCGGGCGCGCGGCUCGAAGUCGCGAGCGCGCCGACGGAAGUGGGCCCGGGCGGGGCGGCCGGUGACGUGUCGGGGGUAAACCUUGGAAAAACCGCGACUACAAACCCGCCCGCGGUCAGUGAGCUGUCGGCCUUAGGUGCGGUAAGGGGCGCGACCCAAAAGGCGCACGACCCUGAGUUAGGGAAGAAGGAAGACAAGGGGGAGGCGGAGGGAACCGGAGAAGGGGUAACCAAGGAACCGCCUGAGGUUCAGGUGGAGGGGCUGCAAGGGCGGUCAAGCCUUGAAGGGGUUGAGUCCUCCGCGGUUGAUAUUGAGAAGAAGAGAAGCGAGGUUAGCGCAGCGCAAGAGAAGAAGAGUGGGGAAGUUUCAGCAGAGAUGAGCGAAGAGGAGGGUAAGGGUACCGAGCAUGACAAGGCACCACCCAAAGAGACACCUCUUGCUAAGCCCACAGAGAAGGGGGGUGCAAAGAAUACGAGAAAGUCAGGGAAGGGGGAUGCAACAGGCACGUCAGAGCCGGGUGAUGGAGGGGAGAAGGAGGCACCAACUGGGGCGGUGGGCUCGGGAGAUUUCUUCGGACCGUCAGGGAAGAUCAACCCUGAGAGGAUGGAGUACAUCAGGAAGCUGGCUCAGGAAUUCAAGGAGGGGAAGGGGGGUGAAGAGGCAUAG